GCCGGGAGAGAAGCCGCUGCGCCGUUCCAAUUCAUUCCGUCCCGCCCUUCCAAAUUCAUUCGUCGAUCCGAGGAUCGAUGGCCGCCGUGAAGAAGGUGGUGGUGAAGCUGGACCUGCACGACGACACGGGGAAGCGCAAGGCGAUCAAGGCCGUCUCCGCUCUAUGUGGUAUCGACGAGAUCGUCGUGGACACGAAGCACGAAAAGAUGACGGUCGUGGGCACGGUCGACCCCGUCCACGUCGUCGGCAAGCUGCGCAGGCGCUUCUGCACGGGGCAGGUGGUCUCCGUCGGCCCCGCCAAGGAGGAGGAGAAGAAGGAGGUCUCAGUCGGCCCGGCGAAGGAGGAAGAGAAGAAGAAGAAGAAGGACGACUGCGGGUGCGGGGACAAGAAGGACGGGAGCACGCUCGUCCCAGUGUGCCUGCCGUGCUACCCGCCGCCGCACCACCCGCACCCGUGCUACUUCGUGAACACCGAGGAGGGCCCCAACGCGUGCGCCAUCUGCUGAUCUUUUCUGAGCCGGUCUGCAUCUGCAUGCCAUGCCAGCCGAUUGACGAUCGAUGGGGACUUAUCAGCCUUCCUGCACCGGUGACCGACGGCGUGCGUUAUAUAUAUAUAUAUAUAUGGCCGUACGUGUGAGCUAAAAAUUGUACCGGUGAUCGGGCGGCUUGCUGCGCAUCUGCUGAGCUUGCCAGAUACGGAAUUACAGUGUGGAGAAGAACUACUAUAGUAAAUAAAACUGCUGCAUGCCGUCAUGAA